CCUUCUCUUUUCUGCAUCCACUGCUUUGCUGGACAGCGCAGAGCAGAUGCUGGAGAUGCAGUUCAAGUGCUCCAAGAUGGGUGAGGCGAAGUACUACUUGGGGAUGCAUGUGGAGAGAGAUGUGGAAAAGGUGAAAGCGGAUGGCACCAGCAUUGGGGGUUAUGUGUGCUUGCUAGGAGGUGGUGCUGUGAGCUGGCGCAGCAAGAAGCAGAAUGAGGUGGGAUUGACUUCAUGUGAGACUGAGUACAUGGCCUUACACCAUGGGGCCAAGGAAGUGGUAUGGCUGAGGCGUUUGUUGGAGGAGUUGGGAGUUGGUCAGGAGGAGCCGACAGUUGUGUUCUGUGACAAUGAGUCUGCUGUGAAGCUCGCCAAGAAUGCUUGUCUGCAUGGGCUGACAAAACACAUAAGGCCUAAGUGGCACUGGGUGAGGAGACUCCUUGAUAAGGAGGUGCGGCUGGAGAUAGUGAAGACCUAUCAGCAGGCAGCAGAUAUUUUCACCAAGCGUCUGGCGGAGGCGGAUCAUUGGAAGGGCAUGAAGCUUGCUGGGAUGAGUGUGCAUUGAGUAUGCAUGCUUGAGAUGUUGGUAUGGUGGAUGAUGGUUGGCAGCCAGAGGGGGAGAUUGUUGUGUGAUGUCAUCAUAUGCUAUCACAUUCUGUCUGCCUCCCAUCCCAUAUUUUUUUCAACUUGCAUGUGUGGUUUGAACGUGUGCAAGAAUUUGUGUGUGAUGUGUUCUGGAGUUUGGGAAUGUGUUUUGUGUUAUUUUGUUUGAGCAGGUUUUUUGUGAUGAUAGAUCUUGAGAAGAUCUUUCCGACGCAACGAGAAUCCCUUCAAUCGGAGCAAGAACGCGAAAGCUAUGAAGAUUCAAAGUUCAUGAGCUUGCGUUACAAUUGCGGCGGUUACAAAGUGAAGUUGUGGGGUGACUCUAUAUGGAGUUGGGACCUUUGGGGUUGGGGAAACUUGUCACUCUACUGUAACAGCUGCAAAUUGGUUGGGAACAACCAAGCUAGGUUGGCAAGGGUGGCCAACUUGGAUGGAUUGGUUGGGAAGGGACAAAUGUCAAAGUUGGGGUUCCUAUAGGGAGGGAAUCUUUGUGCUUAUGGGGUUUCCUUGGUUGGGGACUCUCUUGGGACCUUCCCUCUCAUCCCUCUCUUCCUAUCCCAACCUUUCUCUUGCUCCUCAAAUUCCUUGUGAGAUUCUUGAACUUUGAUUGAACUCUUGAGAU